AUGAAAGUGUUCCUGUGUGUGGUGGUGCUGGUCGGGUGCACGCUGGCCCUCGGUUCGGCCCAGAAGGACUGUGGCACGAGCGAGGGUGCGCUGUCUUGUCACGGAGCGAAGAUAGUGCGGAAUCUCGUGAAGCGACUGGCUCGUUCGGGCAAGUCGGAAGAGGUCGGCGUGGUUAAGCUUUUCCCGGGCGUGGAAAUUGUCGACGCCAGCGGCAGCGAGGACCGCGAGCGAUCGUUCAACGAAGUGCCGGACGAGGAUCGGACCGUGUUCGGGCGCGUGGGAAAAUACCUCCAAAGCCACGAGAUCAAGAUCAACUUCGGGCAGUUGCUGAAGCGGUCCGACAUCCAGGAUGCCAUCCGUACCGCGUUCGGCUCGAUGGACCAGGAGGUGAUCGCCGAUGUGGCCGAGGCCCGCAAGAAGGACAAGGGAGGACUGGGCGCGAUCAUGAUGAUGGGUCUCAUGAUGGGAAAGCUGCUGGCGGCUCUCGGCUUCGGUGGCGUGGGACUGCUGGCUCUGAAGGCGCUCGGUGUGUCGAUGGUGGCGCUGCUCUUGUCCGCCAUCCUGGGACUGAAGAAACUCACCGAACACGGCGACCACAAGGGACGACACAAUGACGAGCACUUUGAGGUGCACUCGGACGAUGGUCACCACGAGCAUGGAGCGUCCCGGAAGCGUCGCUCGGUGGAGGAUGAACAGGCGGCCAACCAGCUGGCCUACAACGGUUGGGCACAGCUUAUCAACUGA